CGUCACGGGCUCCGGCGGCCCAGGGUUGCGGUCGCUGAGGCAGAGCAUCCUGGGCUCGGCCGGUCCCGCCCCGCAGCCCCGCCCCAGUGCGAGCCGGCGGGGACCGCCAGCGGGUCAUCAGGCCGGCGGGCCGCCCGUACCGCCGACGAGGCUGCUUCUCUUCAGUGAUGGUGGAGUUGGACGGAGGCUACUUUAACCCUCCUCCGGGAUGAACCACCCACCAGAAGACAUGGAGAAUGCGCUCAGUGGGAGCCAUAGCUCCCAGGCUUCUCUGCGAGACAUCCAUUCCAUCAACCCCACACAGCUCAUGGCCAGGAUCGAGUCCUGGGAAGGACGGGAAAAGAAGGGCAUAUCUGAUGUCAGGAGGACUUUCUGUCUGUUUGUCACUUUUGACCUCUUAUUUGUAACAUUACUGUGGAUAAUAGAGUUAAACGUGAAUGGAGGCAUCGAGAAGACACUGAAGAAGGAAGUGCUUCAUUACGACUACUACUCAUCCUAUUUUGAUAUAUUCCUUUUGGCAGUUUUUCGGUUUAAAGUGUUGAUACUUGCGUAUGCUGUAUGCAGACUACGCCAUUGGUGGGCAAUAGCGUUGACAACAGCCGUGACCAGUGCCUUUUUAUUAGCAAAAGUGAUCCUUUCGAAGCUUUUCUCUCAAGGGGCAUUUGGCUAUGUGCUGCCCAUCAUUUCAUUCAUCCUCGCCUGGAUUGAGACGUGGUUCCUGGAUUUCAAAGUGUUACCUCAAGAAGCAGAAGAAGAAAACAGACUCCUGAUAGUUCAGGAUGCAUCAGAGAGGGCAGCUCUUAUCCCUGCAGGACUUUCUGAUGGUCAGUUUUAUUCCCCUCCUGAAUCUGAAGCAGGAUCUGAAGAAGAAGCUGAGGAAAAACAAGACAGUGAGAAACCGCUUUUAGAACUAUGAGUUCUGCUUUAUAAAUGUGAAGAACCCUCACUGCAAGUCAUCCUGGGAAAAUGAUAGAGAUGGGUCUCCCAUGACAGCAGAAAUGGUGACAUCCGCUCACUGCUGGCUUCGUUGAUGAGCCAGUGAAUUUAUUUAUGGCGAUACCUCAUGGACACUGCCCCUCUUCCUCGCAGUUAGCCCCUGCCUGUGGUCAUCGGGUUGUGCUGUGAUCCUUCCUUUUCUGUGAGACUCAGUCUGACCUGAUAAUGAGUAACCGAAAGUCUUGUGCUACUUCUGAAUCAAAGGACUCUUAAUAUAUUGAAUAACACUUUUGUAGUAUGUGAAGUACCUUUUUAUUUCAAUUCACAGAAUGUAACAUUUGUUUCGUGUCUCAGAUUUUUUUUGUAUUUCUUUUUUAACACCCUACAUUCCUUUAUGUUUUAAAACUCAUGCACAUGUGCUCUUUAUACAAUUUUAAAAGUAAUAAAAUCCAACAUAUGAAAAUGA